AUGGUGUCCCUGCAGAUGUCCCCGCAGAUGUCCCAGCUUUGGUCCCAGACGGUGAUUUUGGCGCUCCUCCUUCCCCAGGCUGGGCCGACUGGUGUCUUCGAGCUGCAGAUCCAUUCUUUCCGGUCGGGACCAGACCCGGGGGCCCCGCAAUCCCCUUGCAGCGCCCGAGGCCCUUGCCGUCUGUUCUUCAGGGUCUGCUUGAAGCCUGGGGUCUCCCGCGAGGCCGCCGAGUCCCCGUGCGCCCUGGGCGCAGCGCUCAGUGCGCGCGGCCCCUCCUACCCCGAGCAGCCCGCAGUGCCUGCAGCCCUGCCGCUGCCCGACGGGCUGGUGCGCGUGCCCUUCCGAGACGCCUGGCCCGGCACCUUCUCCCUCAUCAUUGAGACCUGGAGAGAGCAGCUGGGGGAGCAGGCUGGAGGGCCCGCCUGGAGCUUACUGGCACGCGUGGCCGGCCAGAGACGCCUGGCGGCUGGGACCCCGUGGGCCAGCGACGUGCAGCGCGCAGGCGCGUGGGAGCUGCGCUUCUCGUAUCGCGCGCGCUGUGAGCCACCAGCCGUCGGAACCGCGUGCGCGCGCCUGUGUCGCUCGAGCAGCCCCUCGCGGUGCGGCCCGGGACUGCGCCCCUGCGCGCCCUUCGAGGACCAGUGCGAGGCCCCGGCAGUAUGUCGAGCAGGCUGCAGCUCCGAGCAUGGCUACUGUGAACAGCCGGAUGAGUGCCAGUGCCUGGAGGGCUGGACUGGGCCCCUCUGCACGGUCCCUGUCUCUGCCAGCAGCUGCCUGAACCCUGGGGGCUCAGCUUCUGCUAGCACGGGAUGCCUGGUACCAGCGCCUGGGCCCUGUGAUGGGAACCCAUGUGCCAACGGGGGCAGCUGCAGCGAAACACCCAGCUCCUUUGAAUGUGCCUGUCCCCGGGGAUUCUACGGGCAUCGAUGUGAGGUGAGCGGGGUGACAUGCGCAGAUGGACCCUGCUUCAAUGGUGGCUUGUGUGUUGGUGGAGAAGACCCUGAGUCUGCCUACAUCUGUCACUGCCCACCCGGUUUCCAAGGCUCUAACUGUGAGAAGAGGGUGGACCGGUGUAGUCUGCAGCCAUGCCAUAACGGCGGCCUCUGUCUGGACCUGGGCCACACCCUGCGCUGUCGCUGCCGCGCGGGCUUCGCGGGUCCCCGCUGCGAACACGACCUGGAGGACUGCUCGCGCCGCGCCUGCGCCAACGGCGGCACGUGCGUGGAGGGCGGGGGCGCGCGCCGCUGCUCGUGCGCGCUGGGCUUCGGCGGCCGCGACUGUCGGGAGCGCUCAGAUCCUUGCGCCACGCGGCCCUGCGCGCACGGCGGCCGCUGCUACGCCCACUUCUCAGGUCUCGUGUGCGCCUGUCCACCCGGCUACAUGGGCGCGCGCUGCGAGUUUGCCGUUCGCCCCGACGGCGCAGGCGCGCUGCCCGCGGCCCCUCGGGGCCUGAGGCAGGCUGAUCCGCAGCUCUUCCUUUUGCCCCCGGCUUUGGGCCUGCUGGUGGCCGUGGGCUUGGCCGGCGCUGCGCUCUGGUUGGUCCACUCGCGCAGUCGAGGCCUUGGCCGGGAUACUGGGGCCCACUUGCUGUCGGGGACCCGGGAGCCGUCGGUGCACACGCUCCCUGAUGCACUCAAUAACCUGAGGACGCAGGAUGGUUCCGGAGAUGGCCCGAGCUCAUUGGUGGACUGGAAUCACCCAGAAGAUGGAGACCCUCCGUCAAUUUAUGUCACACCUGCACCUUCGGUCUAUGCUCGGGAGGCCUGAUUUGCUUCUUUUUCAUCAGCGCCUGGAUACAGAGCCUCAGAUUUUUGCUAUGUGCUUGGUGGCGUCUGAUCUUCUGCCCCACACGCCGAUUGCAGUGCAGGCUGGAAAGUGUGGCUGAGAGGACUUUAUUGUUGGAAAUUGUACAUAAUGCCUAUUUAUAUCUCAAGUUUCUCUCCCUACCUCUCCAGAGUCGUUUAUAAAGGCUCUUAUUUUGAUCAAAUGCAUCUGACUGAAUACUCUGUGUUUGGAACUGAGGGGAAGAGAGAUUUUACCUCCCGAGGUGAAUGAUAAGAUUUUGGAUUGUUUUGAGACAGGGUUUCACUUUAGCCCUGGCUGACUUGGAACUUAAUACAUA